UCCUAUUUGCAAAAAAAAAGAGGAAAGAAGAAAAGCAGGGCAAGAAAAGAGUAAGCAAGCAAGACAUUGGAAUCAAGCUUGGAUAGAAAAACAUUAUACUCUUUGCGGUUCGCGUCAUGACUUGCUACAAAUAUGUGGUAACAGCACAAAAGCCUACAUCUACCGAGUUUUGCGUCAAGGGACCAUUCACGUCUCCCCAUGAAACGAACCUGGUGUUAGGCAAAGGUACACGCAUCGAAAUUUACACAGUGACCCCCGAAGGUCUUAAACCCACCCUUGAAUUCAAUAUCCAUGGCGUCAUUGCUCACUUGUCACUCUACGCACCACCGACCCGUGACAAAGCGUCAUUAUUUAUUUUGACGGCUCGUCACAGGUACUGUAUCCUCACGUAUUCUGAAAAGACUCAGCAAAUUAUUACGGAAAUGAGCGGGGAAGUGGGCAUGCCCGUUCAACCGCGAGCUCAGCGAGACACAUGUCUUGGCGUGAUAGAUCCAUCCCAUCGAUAUUACGCUACGGCAUUGUAUGAAUCCAUGGUAACAUUGAUUAUUCCUGAACUCGGUCAAAAAUCCAAAGAAGGGGCUUCUUAUACUCGAAGAACAUCUCUUCGAAACCGCGAAGGUCGCAGGCGACAGCAAACCCCUCCUGACUAUAUGAAUUUGAGUCUUAUGGAUAAAACCAUCGUAUCAAUGGCAUUUUUGCAGGAUACAACCGAGCCCACCUUGCUUAUUUUGUACGAUGAUUCAAUGUUUCGCCGGUACCUUCAGACGUUCACUAUAGACCUGCGCAAUCGAGAACUGAAACCGGGCGAUAUUGUCAUGGAUCAUUUCGAGCCGGAUGCCAAUCUUUUAAUCGCGCUUCCUGCUCCCGUAGGUGGUGUGAUCCUUGUAGCCGGGAAAUUCAUUCGCUAUCUCAAACCCAACCAAGCGCCAAAAGCCAUUGGCAUCAAACCAUGUACCAUCAAUAGCUAUACCAUCAUGAAUGCAAGCGGAUCGCGAAUUCUUCUUGGCGAUGCCAAUGGAUCCCUUUACCUUCUCAAUCUCACGCUGAAUAACAAUGUCGUAGAGGCGCUGUGCUUUAUCAGCCUCGGCACGAUUUCAUCACCUUCCUGUCUGGCCUACCUAGGCAACGAUGUUGUUUUUGUGGGUUCAACCGAGGGCGAUUCCCAGGUGGUGCACGUGCAAAGAAAGAGCAGCAUUGCCGAUGAGGAUGAUGACAUUUUGGAGAUCAUUGAAGAAUUUCCCAAUCUCGGUCCCAUCACGGAUUUUUGCGUGGUAGAUUUGGAUAAACAGGGUCAAGUGCAACUGAUUACAUGUUCCGGUGCCGCCAAAGAUAGUUCGCUGCGCAUUAUCCGUAACGGUGUGGGAUUGAACGAAUUGGCAGCCAUCGAGAUCAGUGGCGUCAAGGGGGUGUGGGCCCUUCGUCCUACCUUUGAUGAUAAGCAUGAUAAUAUGCUGUUGGUGUCAUUUGUGAAUCAAACACGGUUAUUACAGUUGCGCGACAACGAAAUGAAGCAGCUUUUAUCGCAUUCAGGCUUGGCUCUUGAUCAAAGAACGUUGGCUGCGAGGAAUAUCCUUGGAGACCUGAUCAUUCAAGUUACCGAACACAGCGUACGACUCUUGGAAUCUGCCUCGCAUGGUUCUUUGGUGGACGAAUGGUUUCCAUCGAAUGAAGCUUGCAUUACGGUGGCGAGUUUGAAUCCAACCCAAUGUGUCUUGUCGGUGGGUUACGGACGGUUGGUAGUAUUGCAAAUUGAUGGACGGCGUUUGGUGGAAACUGGAGCUACGCAACUACAGCAAGAAAUUUCAUGUCUUGAUAUUACCCCAACGGAUGAUGCGACACCUUAUGCGUCAUCGGUCGUCGCUGUGGGUGUAUGGCAGCAAGUGGGAGUCAAGAUCCUCUCUAUCCCGGAUCUACAAGUGAUUGCGGAAGAAUCCAUGGCUGGCUCAGUGAUGCCGCGAUCCAUCCUCAUGGCCACCUUUGAAAACAUAUGCUACCUUCUUGUCGCAUUUGGUGAUGGCCAAUUUUAUAAUUUCAAAUUGGAUAGCCGUCAAGGCACGUUAUCGGAUAAGAAGCGAUCAUUUCUCGGAAAACUGCCCAUUGCGUUGGGCACGUUUACCUCCAAUGGCACCAUCCACGUAUUUGCUGCUUCUGAUAAACCCAGUGUUAUCCACAGUCGAAAUCAGAAACUGGUGUACUCCAAUGUGAACCUCAAAGAUGUUCGGGGUGUGACAUCGUUCAACAGUGUUGGGUUUCCAGACGCCGUUGCACUGACGACCAAGGAUGCCCUAGUGAUUGGUCAAAUGGAGGAAAUCCAGAAACUUCACAUCACCAAGAUAUCGACCAUUGAUACACCACGGCGAAUCACCUAUCAAGAGUCGUCAAAAUCGUUUGGUGUGGUCACGGAACGGAUCAGUAAUACACCUUACACAGCCGCGUCGGUAACCGGUGGUUUCGAGAUUCUGGAUGAUCAAAGCUUCACAGUGCUGGAUCGAAUUUAUUUCAAGCAGUUUGAGCGACCUUUAUCGGCCGUGUCCAUGGCGUUUGAAAAUGGUCCUGGCGAUUGCUACAUUCUCGGCACAGGCAAAGAUACUGAUGAGUUUGAGACUGGCAGUUCAGGACGCAUUCUAGUAUUGCAAAUUUCAGCCUCACGUGGUCUACGAGUGGUCUCGCAAAAAAUCAUGAAUGGCAUGGUUGAAUGCCUGCGUCCUUUUAACGGGAAGUUGCUGGCCAGUGUACGAGGAGAGCUUCAUUUAUUGCAAUUGCAUCCGGAUAUGCGUGGUGGAGGAGAACUGGAAUCGGUGUGUCACUACAAGUUACCCUCGAUUACAGAAUCGCUCAUUACAUACAACAACCUGAUCGUGGCGGGUGAUAUGGCGGUUUCGGUGGUCGUUUUAAGUUACGAUGAACGAGGGCGUACGUUCCGAGAGCUCGCGGCGGAGGAACAACCCAAGGAAAUUACAGCGUUGGAAGUCCUGGACGAGCAUUCAUCCAUUGCAGCCGAAAAAGAGGGUCAUUUAUUCAUUAUGCAGCGGCGCGAUCCGGAAAAAUUGGAAGACGAACAUGACGAACCAUUGUUACACACAGCGAGUCAGUGGCAUUUGGGCGAUCUGGUACAUCGUUUUCGUUUUGGCUCACUGAGGAUGAAUGUAUCGGAUCCUGACAGUUCGCCCAUCACGCCAUCUCUGAUUUUUGCUACGGCCAGUGGCGCGAUUGGGGUGAUUGCCGACCUAUCGGAAGAGCGGUUCAAAUUGCUUUGGCAAAUGCAGAAUAACAUGAACAAAAUUGUGCGCAGUAUUGGUGAUCUGAGUCACUCAGAUUGGCGAAGUAUAUCGAUGAUGGACCGUAAAGAGAAAUGCAGCAACUUUAUUGAUGGUGAUCUGAUUGAGAGUUUUCUGGAUCUGACUCCCCAACAGAUGCAAGGAGUGGUUGAUGGACAUAACGGCGGUCGAAAACUGGAUCUCACCGUGGAAGAUCUUUGCAAAGUUGUCGAAGAACUCAUGAGCGUUCAUUCUUAAACUUUCAAAGAAGAAGAAACGAAACAUCAAUUCUUUCAACGAGCCAGGUUUAGCAAUUUAAAAACUUUCUGUAAAUAUUUUUCAUCCCUCUAUCUGAUACUUCAUGUCGUAUACACACGUUUUAUUGCUCUAUAAACUACAGUAAUGUCAGCAAUUCCAUUAUUUU